UUCAUGUCAUUCAUAGGAACUUUAGAAACCUGAGUCAAUGCAUGAAUGACAGGAAAACUUUAGCAAGUGUGUCUAACAGAUGGUGUAUUGUGCUACAGGUGUAGGAAUGAGUGUACAGCAUCAUCAGCUGCUACAGGUGUUUCAGGUUGUUUGCAUUUGUCUGGACUUGCAGCUCACCCACCCAGUGUAUGAGCAACAACCAAGGAAGUAAAAGGCACUGAUAAUUAGUAGUGUAAGCACACCAGGCUGUAGCAAGGAGACCAGAGCUUCAUAAAUCACAGAUUUUUUUUGUUGGCUAUUAGAAUUCUAGUGAGAAGGUGUGAUUUGAGUUCAGUAUGCAUGAUGGCUCAUGUUUGUUUGUGUGUGUGUGUGUGUGUGUGUGUGUGUGUGUGUGUGUGUGUGGAGAGGAAGGAUGGAGUUAAGCUCAGGGACUGAAUUAGAGGCCUGUUUGAACUUGAACUGGUUUCUGUUUCUGAGGUCACAAAAUGAAUGGGUGCCCAGGUUGGCUUUGAGUGUACAAUCAUUCGCAGGGUGAGGCCGAGAGAGAGAGAGAGAGAGAGAGAGAGAGAGAGAGAGAGAAAGAAAAGGAGGAGCAGUAUGCCACACUCUACACUGAUUUUGCACAACAAGACAGGCCCACGGAUUUAUGGGAUACUGGAGGAGGUCCAGCAGCACAGUGCUGAAGAGAAAACAGCUUAAACAAAGCUGAAAGUUCAGGAGUAAUAAAGCAUUUAAUUAAUCCCUCUUUCCGCCCGAAACAGACUUUUAUUGUACUUCUUUUCUAAGAGUAGCCAGUGUUUUCUAACCUAUUUGGUAUGAUCUAUUCUCUUCAGGUGAAAUGAUUCAGCUUACAUGGAGAGACUUGUGACAUCUGUGACUCAGUUUUAAAUAGGAAGUGUGUUGAAUUAAUCUGAAGUUGUGCAGUAACCUCCAGGAAGAGCCUGAAAUCAUGUCCUCCGACAACAGCUUGGGCAGCAGCAUGCUGUUCCGGUCCAUCACGGAUGACCUGAAUGCGUCUUUGGCGACGGCGGAUGAGCUGUCUCGUGAGUUUAAUUCCCUCCUGCAGGAUAUCUCCUCUACCAACACUGGAAGCUCUACAGCACAGAGCUCCAGCUUGAGACCACAGAAUACCACCAGCUCCACUCAGUCUGGCCCCAGUACCACCAGUGUUUCCACUGCAAGUACCAGCAAAGAUGCAGGUGGAAGUGUCAUGAAUAGAGGCACCAUGUCUUUACCCCAAUUCACCCCGCCCAUCAGAGCUUCAGAGCCCAGCACUCGUUCAUCAGACUCUUUCUUUACCAGUAGUAAGAACCUCCCGACCUCCCCAAACCAGCAGGUCUUUCAGUAUGCACCAACUCAACCUCGAAACACUCGCAGUGAGCCUGUCUACUCUCGUGGAACCCAGACGCCCCCAAAUCAGUCCCCACAUACCCAACGCCGGGCAUCGCCAAACCCUGCCAGGUCACAUGAGCGGAACUUGAGUGGCUCGUUCACCUUCGCAGAACUCUCACCUGGUUUCAAAUAUGAGCCACAAUCUGUUCAUAGCAUGCUUCAAGUCCCAGCCAAACCAGUGCCUUCGUAUGACUCCUCCACCACUGGUCGUAGAUCACCCAGGAUGGACAGAGCUCCUUCUCCCGGACCUUUCAGCCAAUCGGUAGCGAGCACGUUGCCACGCAAUUUCAGCACAUUUAAAACUACAGAUGAGGGUGUAUCGAGGCAGAGCACCCCGGCAAAAUGGAACGAGACAGACCUGGAUGUUUCAUAUGAAAGAAAACCACACCACACAAGUGACAAGAAUGAGUGGAUCAGACCAUCUAUCCCCAACAGCAACUGGAGGGAGUCCAACUUGGACUCACCCACUUUACCUCGAAAGGACCUUCUGCCCCGUCAUCUUCCAUCAGCCGAUGGCUCCUUGCCCAGGAACACCCGUAUCUCUGUGCCCCCUGAUGGUGCUUCAUCCACCCAGUCACCUUUUAAUCCUCAGCCAAUCAUCUCCCGCGUGUCCAUCCCUCCUGCAGCACCCAGGCUCCGUCCGAGUAGACCCAUCCCCCUGUCUGUCAUCAUGAGGCUCCAGAACCCAUACUAUACAGCAGCAACCAGAUAUCCACGUGGCACUGAGAGCGAGCGAGAUCUCAGCAUGACAUGCCAGCCUUUGUCUAUGCCCAGAGAGUUGCUUUGCCACUUUCAGCCUAUCCCUCAAGAGCAGAGACCUCCAGUCUAUUAUGCAGAAGCCCCCAAGUCAACCUAUGUGGAGCUUACAAAACCAAACUCGAUAAAUAAGCCGGCCCCCUUGCCCGAGCAAAGUAAAGAGCCCAAAGUUGAGGCUAACACUGAUGAUCCUGAGGUGGAUUCGGCUCCUCGGCCCCUAAGCCCCACGCGCUUGCAGCCAGUGGUGGCCCCGGAGGCUCCUGGGGUCCCUGAUAUGGACGUGUUGCUCCAGAUCCGAGCUGAGUUCCCCCGUGCUCUGAAGAAACGUGGCUCCAUUAGUGCCGACCAUUCGCAGAGCAUGAAGAUGAUGCCCCUUCGUCCCAACCAGUACAAGCAGGUGAUGAAAAAAAUAUUCGGCAGGAAAGGACCCCAAACAAAGGUCGAGACAGGGAGCGAGAGCAGCUCCUCAGAUGGAGAGGAGAUCUCACCAUCCAUACCUUCUCCACCUUCAACGAUCCCAAACAUGGCUAUGCCAGCCCAGCAGAAGGGUCUUCAGUCAAUCCUGCGGAAGCCUAAAGGCAGUAGCGUAAAGGGGCCCCGUGCCCGUCUCAGUCCUCUGGUGCUGCUGCUGGACGGUGCUCUGGUUGGGGAGCUGGACACGGUGCAGAGAGCCGUACAGAUGACUGACCCGAGCCAGCCAAAUGAUGAGGGCAUCACCGCCCUUCAUAAUGCUAUCUGUGGUGGGCAUUAUGCUGUAGUGGAGUUCCUCAUACACAUUGGUGCCAAUGUCAGCGCUCCAGACAGCCACGGCUGGACACCCCUGCACUGCGCUGCCUCCUGUAACGACCGGGCCCUGUGUGAGUUUCUGGUGCGUAACGGUGCAGCCGUCAUGGCGGUGACGGAGAGCGACGGCGCCACGGCGGUGCAGAAGUGUGACCCGUAUGCUGUGGGUUACGAAGAGUGUGAGAGCUUCCUUAGAGGAGUGGAGGAGGCCAUGGGUGUGGAGAACAGCGGUGUGCUGUAUGCUCUGUGGACUUACCCGGCCCAGGCGCCUGAUGAGCUGAGCUUCAAGGAGGGAGACAUGGUGACCAUCCUGCAGAAACCCGAGGGGUUGGAUUGGUGGUGGGCUUCACUCUGCGGGCGAGAGGGCUUGGUCCCAAAUAACUAUUUUGGGCUUUUCCCGAAGGUGCGGCCAAAAUCACUAUGCUAGAGGUCCCUCUACAGGCCAAUCCCCUGUACUACACCACAGAAUCACUACAAUACAUCUAUGAUGGUUUUUUUUUUUUGGUCUUGUUUUUUCCUGUAGUCAUUGUAUUUUCUUAAUUAUGUAAGUUAUGUCAAGGCCUUGGAAGUAGAGGUGUAUAAGUCACAUUUAUACAAAUAAAAAGUUCUUAACAAAAUAAAAACCAAGUUAUCAAAACCAUAUUUCAAUAUUCUGACAGGUUAAUUUGCUUUUGUUGUUUGGCAAAUGUCACUUCCAAGCUUUUUUGUUUAAGUAGCCUAAAUUUGAGGGGGGGUGGAAUUCCACAUUGGUUUGGUUAAAUAUAUGUAUAUAAAAUGUUUUUAUUUAGGCUACUUUCUACUGUUUGAUGGUCUUUUUGUGGCCAUUUGCCAGAAUUCAGCCACAGCAAGAUCCGACAGGUUUUCCCGGACCACCACACCCAUACAAAGGUUUAAAUGUGAAGUUUUCUUUAUUAAUGACAGGCUCAGUGGCUGAAAUGCUAGUUACCUGAAGGUUUUGUGUUCAAAUCCCAGGUUUAUCAAAGAACCCUUAAAUAAAACCUUUUAACCUUUAGCUGCUAUAUUUGGAUUAGAUUAUUUCCCAAGUGAAUGUGCAUGAUCAACAUAAGAUCACAGUGACUUAAAUACUGAGAGAAAUUGUCAUCUCUCAGAUUGGCUAGGAAUUUGUUCAUUUAUCAUCUCAGUAUUGAAUUUGGAUGUGAUUAUUGAUUAUGUGUGUGUGUGAGAGAGAGAGUGACAGAGAGAGAUUAGAUUAGAUUAGAGAGAUUAGUUGUGCAUUAACAACAUACAAAUGUAUUAUGGUCUGAUUUGUAUGAAUUUGAGAUACACUGAGUUAGAUUAGAAUUAGGCCUAUUAGAUUUACCACUCUCCUAACUAAAUAUUUAGUGUACUGGGCUUUUCUUUAUUGUCUGUUAUUUUAGUCAUUGUGAAAUGUUUACCACGAACAUUAAUCCUGUACAGUAUGUUGCUUAGAAUGCAUUUUUAUUGUCAUCAUUCAUACAUAGGAAGGCUUUGGUAUCACUUUACAUGUUAACCCCCUCUCACAGGGCUGUGUGGAAGAAUGAAUGCAUGCGUGUGUGUGUGUGUGUGUGUGUGUGUAUAGCUGGCACAGGCUGUUACAAAAUAACAUAUUGCAUUUUCUGUGAUACAGUAAAAACUUCUAUCAACUUAUAUUAAAAACAGUAAAUAUUAA